AUUGUUCAGAGACGUUAGAGAAGACCGGAGAGAAGAGACCUGAAAGGUGUUCUUCCUCUGCAUCUCUCUCUAGCAGGUUUCUCUCUCUAGAAAUACUCAAGCUUUAUAGAUUUUAGAGAGAGAAAGACGGGGUACUUCUCUCAGAAGCUGCACUGAAUUUAGCAAAAAAUAAUAUCUCCAAUAUUUCAUGGUUUCCUAAAAAGAGUCAAGAAAACCCUUUUCUCUAUUACCUCGGUCUUCCUCUGCUUUGGCAAUCCUCCUUUAAAUCAGCUAAAACAAAAUCACCAACCAUUCAAUUUAGCAAAAGUAAGAGAAUCUAAACAAAUCCCAGUUGCAGACUUUCCCGGAAGAUGGAGAAUUUUUCCGGGAAAAAGCGAGCCACAAUCAGUAUCUCACUUUCCACUACUUUUUCCGAGUCAAUUUCCUCUGACAAGUUCCCCAAGUCAAUCAAAUCCCCAAGAAAUUUCCAAGAUGGGGUUGUUGGGCUUGCAAUAGUGGCUGCCAUGACUGAUUUGGGCAGCCCCAAUGAAGUGGCUUUGUCUGAAAAGUCACCAAGGUCGAGCCCAAUCCCCAUAGUCUCUGCAGCUAAGCCUGCAGCUAAUUUCAGAGGUGGGUUUUGCGUGGAGAGGGCUGGGGCUGUGGUGGAUGAAUUGUCUGAGAGCUAUACGUGUGUGAUUUCGCAUUUCGGAAACAAUUUGACAUCGAAGCGGGUUUAUUUCGAUGAUAAGCUGAGUUGGGUUGUGGAUGAUCCUAAUGCUGGUAUGGUGGUGGCCCCUGGGGUGUUCUCUACUUCUCCAUUGAGUGUUGGUGAAGUGGGAAGAGAGUUUUGGGCAUCCGAUUUUCUCAGUUGUUGUUAUCUUUGCAAGAAGCUGCUUCAUGGACUGGACAUUUUCAUGUACAGAGGUGAGAAAGCAUUUUGCAGCGCUGAGUGCCGUGACAAGCACAUGCGCAGCGACGAUCACAAGGACAAGUGCAGAUCCAAGGCAUUAAAAUCACUUGAUUACUCAGCGUCGCCAUGCUCCGGUCCGCUCGUCUUCUUGGCCGGGGUUGAGGUGGUAUGAAAGUUUUCGUAUACCUAUAUAGUAAAUAAUAGAAAAAGGGAAUUUUUUUUUAUUAGAUUGGAGAAGUUGUACUGACAAAUUGGGAAAUUAUAUAAUCCGCGGUAGAGACAUAUAUACAAUAAUGUUACUGCUUUCCAUAA